AUGCCACUCCUUCUAAGACAAGCAUACUAUGCCACAAGUCCAUAUCUAGACACCGCCGCUGCCGCCCGCCGUUGGCCAUCACCGCCGGCUACUGUUGUCGGCCAUCGAUGCUUGCCACUCGUCGCCGGCCACCAGCCGCUAGGCACCACUGCCUUCGCCACCACCGCCAGCAACUGCCGCCGGCCACCACCGCCUGUAGGGGGCUAA